UUCACGUUUUGGUCUUGCUUUCCGGGAGUUCGCCAUCAACAUCGGUUCCGCGAUGGUCAACGGAUUGACGUCCGGCAAGCAGCGUGUGUGCCGAUUGUGCGCGACCGCCCAGUUCGAGCUGGGUCCGAUCUUCGGCGAUCUAGCCGAAAAGAUCUACGACUGCACAACGGUAGAGAUCAGCAACGCGGACGCCCUGAUUUGCCAACAAUGCCGGGCCACGAUUGUUGUGAAUCAUCAUUUCGUCGAGAGUUGCCGGAACGCGAACCGAAAGUUCCACCGGAUGUUUGGCCCGCUGGUCCGGCAGCACAUCCGCACGAGCGUUGCUGGUUUCAGCGCUAGAUCUGCGACGCGGGACGCCAGGCGGGUCGAAAGUGGUGGCAAGCGGUUGGCUUUACCGAAGGCGGUCCCCACCAAGAGUGUGGUCAACGGAGCCGUUCCGGCGAAGCACUACCUUUUGCAGCAUUUGACCAAUGAUGAUGACCCAGCACGGCGGCGGCGGCGCCAAUCGAUCGACGAGGACCGCAAAGUUAAGCCGAAACGAGAGGUCGAGGGGCGCCUUUCGGAGGAAUCGCACAAUUCGAUGGCCUCGAUUGAGCUUGCGGCGGCCAAAAUUGAGGCAGCGCUGUUGGCCGGCAUUGUCCCGAAGACCGAGCCGGGCCGCCAAAAGUGCCCCAAGUGUGGCCAGUUGGUGCUGAAUCUGCGGAAGCACAUGGAUCUACACUCGACCAUCGCAAAGUUUCUUUGCGAAAUCUGCGACAAGGCGUUCACCAAACGCUGCAACCUUAAGUACCACAUGAACUUGCACACGGGCGAGAAGCCAUACGAGUGCGGUGCGUGUGGCCUAAGGUUUGCCUGUCCGUCCACACUCUGCACCCACCGGAAACACAACCGCGAAUGUGGCAACAGCUAUCAACCGGGGGUGCGCGCCAGCGUGUUCAAGCACCGGUAGUUAGUUGAUCGAGGAGCCCAUGCGCGCACCAACCAUCCCGAUCGGAAGCAUCCGUG